UUCUUGCGUCCACGGGGAUGCUAUCCGCGGCUGCUUGCCCCCUGCGGGGCUCCUGUCUGAGGUUCCGGGCAGUGGCCGUACUCCAGACCAGGCUGCCAUUUUCAGGUGUUUUAGCUCAAAGGCUAAUGAGAAGCAGCUGUCAUCGAAGAAGUGAGACCUUGGCUGGAGCCACUCUGGACAAUGCCCCCAAGCAGUACCCUCCAAAGAUCCAGCAGUUAGUACAGGACAUUGCUGGCCUUACACUACUGGAAAUCUCUGAUCUCAACGAAUUACUGAAGAAAACACUGAAGAUCCAGGAUGUUGGGUUGGUGCCCAUGGGUGGUAUGGUGCCAAGUGCUGCAAAGGUAGCCCCUGAGGCACCAGAAGAGGAAGAGAUACCCAAGCAGAAGGAACGAACACAUUUCACUGUUCGGCUGACAGAAGCUAAGCCUGUGGAUAAAGUGAAACUAAUCAAGGAAGUAAAGAAUUACAUCCAGGGCAUAAAUCUUGUCCAGGCAAAGAAGCUGGUAGAGUCCCUGCCUCAGGAAAUCAAAGCCAAUGUUGCCAAAUCAGAAGCAGAGAAGAUUAAAGUGGCUUUGGAAGCAGCCGGAGGCACUGUGAUUUUGGAAUAGGAGUUUGGGGUUCUAAAGGACUUGUGCAAAGUGGGGCUUACUCCAGUCCAGUCUGACCAUUCAGGCCCCAUGUGGAAUGCUGCCUGUGGACCUGAACAGAUGUGCUUAAAACGGUGUGGGUAGAUGAGUGAGAACAUUCUCAGCUUUUCAGGAGACUCUAUUCUGGGAGGGAAGGGAAGGCCCAUCUGUCCCAGGCCCUUUUUUAAAAGGCUGCUGUGAAAAAGGACUCUGUGAAACAUGAGUGGGGAGCAAAUUUGUUCAAACAGUAGUCUAAAAGGAAAAUAUAUCAUUGCCCAGGC